AUGCGUUUUGCCAUGGUGACAAUCCUGUUUUUCGUGGUGCAGUCGGCACUGGUGGAGAGUCGAGGCAAUCUGAGAUCUCGUGCAAGGGAUUAUAACAAGAAAGUAAACAAAGAAGGUUCUUGUUCCAAACCAUCGCGUACGUUGAUACCCGUGAAUAACGCACCGGAUAAAAUCUUCCUUCCUCACUGUGCCAUCUUGCACAGGUGCUCUCAAGAUUCGGGAUGCUGCCAGAGUGCUACAAAAGUAUGCGAUGCCAAGAAGACGGAACUCGUCAAACUACCUUUCUUGGUCAGUGAGUUGAUGAGUGAUGGCUCUCAUGGUCCUUUAAAGCCAAUUGCUCUUACUUUCGUUAACCAUACGGAAUGCGCUUGUAAGAGUCAACUUGCUUGA